CACAAAACACUGUGUCAGCCUUCCUCAAGACACCCGUAGGCCGGCGCCGUAUGCCUAGGCGCCCACCGAUUUAUUGUUUCAUUUUCUCGCCGAAUCGAAUCGAAGAAGACCCCAAGCGAAUCAGACAACAUUGGAGCAAAUCAUACUGGGUUGGCCGGCCCCGAACCUGACCUGACUCGCUGCCAUUCCGGUGAGAGAGAGCGAGAGGUGGUUGAGAGACAGAGCUGGUAUAGCUUCCAUUUAAAGAGAGGAACGAAGAGAGAGUUUUUGCAUUUCCAGAGUGACCCACAAACCGUUUCCACUGUUAACAUGCUUAAUUUCCAUCUCUAUGUGAAGCUUCAGUUACAUGACUUCCCAAUUUUCUCUCUUCCGCUCAGUUUCUUCUCUCUCUGCCUCAAACCCAGUAACCUUAACGUCCAAAAUCAAAACCUCUCUCUACAAUGGUCUUUACAAAGAGGCCAUAGAAUCAUUUCUCUUCGGAAUCUCAAAUUCCGGCCAAAAAACAGACAAGUUCAUAUUUCCAGGCCUUCUCAAAGCUUGCACCGCCACUUUUGACCUUAACUCGGGCGAAAAAAUUCACCAUGAAAUUCUCCAAUUAAAAUUGGAAUCAGAUCCUUUUAUUGCAAGCUCUCUAAUCAAUAUGUAUUCCAAAUGUGGGUGUUUAGAUGAAGCUCUCAUUGUUUUCAAUAACACCUCUCACAGAGACAUGGCCAUAUAUAAUGCCAUGAUUGAUGGGUAUUUUCAGCAGGGGUUUGCAGAAGAAGGUGCAGGUUUUUUCAGGGAAAUGCAAUCUUUGGGCAUAAGACCAGAUGGGUUUUCUCUCUCUAUACUUCUUGGUGGAUUUUCGCUCUCUAAACCUCAUUCUCAUGGGUCCUCUCUCUCUACAAAUAUUGGACCCUGUGAUCACUCUACUGGUUUGCAUUUGGGGAAGCAAAUCCAUGGGUUUAUCAUUAGAAACUCAAUGUUGGGUGACCCAUUUUUGGGGACUAAUUUAAUGGGUUUUUACUUCAGUUUUGGUGAUUUAAAUUCUGCAACAAAUGUGUUUCAUGAAAUGCCUGAGAGAAAUUUUGUGUCAUGGAAUACUAUAAUUGGAGGUUUAGCACAAAAUGAGGGGAUGGGUGAGAGCUUAGAGAUGUUCAAGUUGAUGAUGAGAGAGAAAAUAAAACCUGGUUCAGAGGCUUUUUCGAGUGUCUUGACGGCAUGCUCUAAUGGCGAGGACUCAACCUUUGGUUCAGUUCUUCACUGCUAUGCUAUAAAGCAUGGUCUUUGCUCCGAUUCUUACGUCUCUUCCUCUCUCAUAAACAUGUAUGGAAAAUUCUGUCAGAUCGAGAAUUCAUGGCUGGUUUUCAAUGAAACUCCUCUAAAAGAAUUGGGUUCAUGGAACUCCAUGAUUUCUUCUUGUAUUUAUAAUAAUCUUGGCAAAAAGGCUUUGGAGUUGUACAAACUGAUGAAAUUUAGUGGGGCAAAAUCAGAUUGUUUUAGUAUAUGUAAUGCAUUAUCAGCCUGUAAUUUAAUGGGUUUCUCAGAGCUCGGGAGAGUGAUUCAUGGUGAAUUGGCAAAGAAACCAGUACAGACACAUUUAGGGGUGAGAACUGCUCUGCUAACUAUGUAUUCCAAUCAUGGAAAGUUAGAGGAAGCCAUGGCAAUUUUCAACACAAUUCACUCAAAGGAUUUAACAGCUUGGGGUGCCAUGAUCGCUGGCUUUUGCAAAGAAAUGAAAGUUUCUAGAGCUCUAAAUUUGAUGAUGGAGAUGGAGUUAUCAGGACUAAAGCCUGACUCUGCUAUUUUAACGAUAAUUUUAUCAAGUUGCGCAAGUCUAGAGGCUCUAGCAUUGGGUACCCAAAUGCAUGGUUAUAUAAUGAAAAGUGGAUUCAGUUCUGAUAUAUUUGUCGGAACCGCUAUUAUAGACAUGUAUGCUAAAUGUGGAUUGCCUGAGCUUGCUGGAAUUUGGUUUUCUGACAUGAAAUAUACGAACCUGGCAACUUGGAAUGCAAUAAUAUGUGGAUUUUACCAGAAUUCUUUGCCUGAAAGAUCGAUUGAGCUGUUUAUGAUUAUGGUUCAACAGGGUUUAGAGCCUGACUAUAUAACUAUAGCAACUCUUAUUUCUGCAACUGCACGCUUAGCAACUCUAAAACAUGGGAAAAGCAUCCAUGGUUACAUAAUUAGACAUGGGUUUUGUCCAGAAUUCGGUUUUCAUGGGAUUUUAAUUGACAUGUAUAUCAAAUGUGGGAGCUUAAGAGCAGGAAGAACUGUGUUUAAUAAAAUGCCUUGCAGAGAGAGAAAAGUGUUUGAUGACAUGAAUCAAGAAGACAGAGAACUACUGGAAAGAACAUCAGAAAGAGAGAUAAGAGAGAGAAACAUGUUCGAAGAGACUCGUGAAACAGGGAGAGAGGUACUCAGUGAAACAAUUCAAAGAGACAGAGAAACCUAUGGCGAAAUCCAUGUCUGCCAAAACGAGAGAGGAUCAUCCGACAGAACACCACAAGGCGUUUUGAUGGCUUGGAACGCCAUGAUUUCUGGCUGUGGAUCACACGGAAAAUGCAACGAAGCCCUAGAGCUCUUUGAAGAGAUGAAGAGAUUCAAAUUGAAACCAGAUGGGGUCACUUUCUUGGCUUUGAUCUCAGCUUGUAGCCAUGGUGGCCUAGUCAAGAAAGGUCUCGAACUUUUCCAAAUCAUGAGCAGAAAUUACGGAACCAUCCCAAAAAUGGAGCAUUAUGCAUGCAUAGUCGACCUUUUAUCAAGGGCGGGGCAACUGGAAGAAGCCUAUGAGUUCAUAGAGAGCAUGCCUGUCGAGCCUGAUUCAAGUGUUUGGGCAUCUUUGCUUGGUUCGUGUAGAGUUUUUCACAAUUUAAGGCUGGGAGAAUUAGCUGGAAAGCAUUUGAUAGAAAUGGAGCCAAAUCGAACUAACCACUAUGUUCAGUUGAUGAAUAUUUAUGCAGAGGCCGGAAUGAGAGACAAAGUGGCGGGGCUUAGAGGCGUGAUGAGGGAGAAAGGUUUGAGGAAGAGAGCAGGGUGCAGUUGGAUCGAAGCGAAGAGUAGGAUGAAUGUGUUUGUUUCCAUGGAUACGUAUCAUCCUGAGAUUCUUGAGGUUUAUGGUACAUUGGUGGGGCUGGUGAAGCAUAUGGAAGAGGAAGGAUAUGUCCCUCUGGUUGCAUGAGAGAGAGAGAUAAGUAAAGAAUGCUAGAGCCCAACUCAUUGAAUGAGAGAGAGAAAGAGAGGGAGAGGGGUAAUUGGUGAAUAGGACUGCAAUAUCAAUUAGCGAACCAUAAUUCAUAUAGUUGAUCCUCAUUAGUUAGAAAAAGGCUUUGACUCAAUGAUAAUGACUGUAACAUCAAUUCAUAAACUCACUGCUCCCUUAUAUCCAGAAGAGAGAGAGAGAGAGAGAGAGAGAGUGAGUGGUGAAGACAAUGGCAGCAUUUCGUAGACUCACUGCACCAUUGUAUGAACAACUCAAAACCGUCUUUUGGAGACAGAGGCAGAUUAUGGUGAAGAAGACUACACGAGCAAUUUCAGAUUCAAAAAACAAAAGACUACAAGAGCAAUUCAUAGAUUCACUGCUCCAUUUUUUUGAGAGAGAGCGAGAGAUUAUGGUGAAGAAGACUACAGCAGCAACUCAUAGACUCACUGCCCCAUUGUACAAAGAACUCGAUCCGAGUUGUUGAGAGAGAGAGAAAGAGAGGAGGAGAUUAUGUUGAAGAACAUAAAUAGAAAAGAAAAGAUUGUGUAAAUAACAUUUUUUCAAGCAAGAGAUAAUGUGCC